CACAUAUUUUUCUAGUUUGCAUUAGUACGUGAAUAUGAACUUACCAUACCAUAACCAUACCAAAAAAGUAAAAAGUCACAAAUUGAAACGUUAAUGUCAAACUUAAAAGUGGAUUUUUCUGCGAUUUUACAGAAAAAAUCAACGAAAACUGUGAUUCGUUACACAAUAUAUGAGAUAAUAAAUGAACGAAACAAUCUUUUCUAGCAUGUGAGGCUAGAGAGUGUGAUCUGUGGUCUGCCUAUUGUUCAUCUUCGAGGUGUGAUCAACUGAUCGAGUGAUAAUGGAUAGCGGAGACAGGAUCUUGGUGGCGGCGGGCCUGACAGCGGCGGUGGUGGUAGGCGCGUUCGUGCUGUGGGGCCCGGGCGGUGCGCCGCGCGUGCGUAAACGGCGCGGUCAGAUCGCCGGCCUGCAGAACCUGGGCCGCACCUGCUUCCUCAACACGCUACUGCAAGCCCUGGCGGCCUGCCCCAUCUUCAUCGAGUGGCUGAAGCGCUACGCUAAGGCCGACGCACACAACAGCAUGAUCACUACACUAUAUACCGUAAUUGAAGUUGUGAAUGGCACACAUGAGUCAGCGCGGGGGACCCCAGUGUGUCCUCUGGGGGUGCUACAAGCGCUGCGGGCGGCGGGCUGGGUGGUGCCAGCUGACCAGCAGGAUGCACACGAGCUGCUGCACGUGCUGCUGUCCUGCAUCGAGGAGGAGACUACGGCCAUGGCUAAGAAACCGGGCUGCCUCUCCGACGCGCUGGGCCUGGGCGGGUCCCGCGCGUGGUCGGCGCUGGCGUCCCCCGCGUCGCCCCCCGCGGCGCCGCACCCCGCGGGCCGCGCCGACUCCACGCCGCCCACGCCCUCGGCGCUCGCCGCGCGGCCCGCCUCGGCGCUGCCCGCUGACGAGCCAGAACUGGUUGACUCGGAGCCGCUGCCGGCGGGGCGGCUGUCGAAGGGCGUGUCCCGCUCGCUGUGCCAGCUGUCGUGCUCGGCGCGGCGCUGGGUGCCGCUGGGCGCGGCGCGGCCGCAGCCCGCGCUGCCCUUCCGCGGCACGCUGGCCUCGCGGCUGCAGUGCACCGUCUGCUCCACCAAGAGUCCCAUCCGCUAUGAUAAGUUUGACAGCAUCUCUCUCUCCAUGACCAACGCCAGCGUGGGGCUCACCGGCAACUACAGCCUAGCCAGCCUGCUGCGCGCGUUCACGGCGCCGGAGAUGGUGAAGGGCGUGCGCUGCAGCAAGUGCUGCCCCGAGCCGGCGCCGGCGCAGCCCGCGCCCGACCACGCCUACACCAUGCACAUACGGACCGUCAGCUUCGGGAAGUUGCCUCAGUGCCUGUGCCUGCACGUGGGGCGCGUGGAGUGGGCGGGCGGAGGCCUGAGCAAGCGCGGCGAGCACGUGGCCUUCCCCGAGGCGCUCUCCAUGGCGCCAUACGCCGCCAUACCGCAACCACAGCUGGAGAUACCACUGCGAUCGGGCGGCGUCCGCGGCGGCCUAGCAGCGCUGCACACGCCGGGGGCGGAGCCCGACCGUGCCCUGUACCGCCUGUUAGCUGUCGUGGUGCACGUGGGCGGCCCGCGGUCGGGGCACUUCGCCACCUAUAGACGAGGGAACGGCUUCGAAGCUAAAAGAUGGUGGUACACUUCGGACACGCUGGUGCACGAGGUGUCCCUGCAGGAGGUGCUCCGCUGCGCGGCGUACCUGCUGUUCUACGAGCGCGCCCGCCCCGCCGCCGCCACGCACUUCUAGGGCGCGGCCGGGGGACGGGCCGCGGGCGGCUCGCACUCGCCGCUGCCACACGCGUGCACACUCGUGGGGUUUACUGCGGACAUAGUGUGGUUCCGACUUCCGACCUACCGGCACGUACUUAGCGUCUAAAUCAUACCACACCCCGGACCAUCUCAUGUUACUUAUACACUACACGUUGACGUAUACGCGGUAUCUGUAUGAUUGGAUUGAGGAUUGAAGACUAAAUACCGUUUGGGGGUGAGGUAAACCUAGCUCAGCCGCUGGCGGGGAGCGGAGAGUUGCGGAAAGGAUUUGAACGGCGUCGCAAACCGGAGGUAUUGGGUCGCUUGCAGUGGUAAAUGACAAGUUUGGGCUGGCAACACAGGCUAAAAUAAAUCGUGGGCGGUAAGCUAGUAAAAUAUAAAGCUAGAGCCUAAACCAAAAAUUAAAAAUAUCUUUGCCAUUUUGCGGCUAAAAUAAUAACUAUCUUUUUCUAUAAUAACAACUUUUUACACAAAUUAAAAAUGCAAUCAUGCCUUCGCAUCAGGAUUUUAUAUUUCUAGUCAAUUCUUGGAUUACGAGUAUAUUUGACUGAUUUAUUAAUCAGAAACUAUAUUAAUCCAAAAACCAGCUCAUUGUAAAACUAUUUUUGUAUAUAUGAAGACUUCAUUCAGUGUUGCCAGGUUGAAGUUUAAAGUUGUAAAUAGAUUUUUCACUCAAUUUCCCGGGUGAAGUAACAAUAAUGUUAUGCAAUCCGGGUUGCAUCGCCCCACACAGCUUUGCUCAUAUUGUGUAACAGAUCGAAUUGUGCAAUAGAGUAAAAGAGUUAUUGGUGAAUGAAUCAUCGAAAUUCUCCCAAUACGAAUGACACAUUACACUAGUCCUUAAUAUUUUCAGGACUGAUUUAGAUAAAUACUCGAUUAGAUAUUAUGGGAAAUAUAUUCCAUAAAAUUAGCACCUAAACAAAAUGACUUUUUACAAGUUUUAUUUUGUACAGAUAGACCACUUCUUUCGCAAUCAGAGGACACCAUCUCUAAAUAGUUACAUAAUUUUAUUUAACAGUACUGUCCCACAUCGAAUACAAUUCAAAAAAUUGGCUGUGCAAUACAAAUACUUUGUGAAUAUGUAAAGUAUCAUUCGACACUUGUAUAUUUGCAGGCACGGCCUAGAGGCUAACACUUGUCCAUUUUGUCCAUGUAAUGUAGAUCGUAGCGUAAUAUAAUGCUCACUGAGAUAGCUAUCUUUACUCCAGUAUUGACUAUUGCCUCAAGUCUGCUAGGUAUUGUAAAUAUUUUGUAAAAUCCUUUCACAAAUUUUGUAUCUUCACUAGUUUUUGAUUCAAAUAUUCUACUUUCUACUCCAGUUUUUAAACGCAACAUAUCGUAAGGAACUUACUAGAUGUAAUUCUGAUAUGGAGCGCUUUUUGCCGGCAUGGCCAGUGAUAGUUAACGAUAGGCACCCGCCUAGAUCUGAUACAAUAUCAAACUGUUCGUCGAAUAAUCAUAAUGUUUUUCGAUACAUGUUCAUUUCUUGUCCCUGGUGGAUUGAUAAAGAAUGACAAGACAUUUUUAUUGCUCUAUGAGAAAAGCACGUAACUAAAGUCAUGAACUUCAACAAUCCCCCCUAUAAAUUACAUGCGAAAUUCUUUUUUACAAAGUUCCUUUACUGAGAGGCUCUACAUGAUAAUAGUUGUCUAAGAAUAAUAGAAAAUGUUUUCAAUGUAAAUCAAAUGGUGUCUGUUUAACUUUUUGACAUAGUUGUGCAGUUAAGAAUUGAUGUUAUGUAAUAUGAUGUUGUCUACACUCUCACCACUCCCUUGUCUCAUAGAUAUUUAGACAAUUUCAUAAAUUGAUGUGCCAUUUAUAUUCAUAAUCUAUAUGUAUUUGUAUAGGCUUUUGCUUUUCAAAAGCAGUCUCAUAUUCUAGAGCACAAUAUUAAAAAUACAAUUAUUUUUUAAGGACUUUCAUAAAUCUGUGGUUAGAAUUUUCAAUGUUUUCCUAUCAAUGUUCUGUUUUAGGGGAAACUACGAAUUUAAUAUUUUUCGUGUGACUUGAAAUCAAAUACCUCGACAUAAAGUACUUAAUUGUGCAUUUACUGAAAUGCUUUUAAACAAAUGACUUGUAUUUUAAAGCUCUUUGUAGUAAUAAAUAUAGUUAACAGGUGGAAUUUUAGUAAAGUUUAGGUUGGAAGGAGUAAAGUAUCAAAGUGAAGUAUUUGUGAAGGGAACAAACUGUACAGUGCUAGGGAAUGAAAGUUGACUUUUAUAUUGGAGAGGCCUUUAGAUACACCUUUUGAGGGUUGUAAGAAAUUGAAUAAAGUAAUUUUUAGUAAUUAAAUGUUUAUAAGUUGCCAUCAUCCUGAAAUAUAAAUUGCACCAAACUAGAUUUAUAAAUAGGUUUGUUUACUAGUCUAGUAGUUUAGUUACAGUUAUUCAAGCUAACACAAGUAUGUGCAGUAGAUAAUGUGAAAUUAUCUGAAAGUCACCUGUUGGCAUAAUGUGAGCAGCUUUAUUAUGUUGUUAGUGAGUUGUAUACCUUUUUAUUGUUGGUGAUGAUCACAGGUAGGUGAUGUGUUGAUGAUGAUGUACUUCCAGAGUAACUGAUGUGGCAACGUAGAUAGGGAGGGACGUUUGUGUUAUGUAAUAAAAAAUAUUUAUAAAUAAACUAUAUCAUAAGUAUGAAAA